UUUCCGUGCAUGGCACGGUAAGUGAAGUUAGCAACCCACCAACAAUUACAUUCCUAACAUAAUUUGCACGUACUUGCCAUAGCGCAUCACGUGCCCGUGCAGAACACGCACUCCGAACUCCCGCGCUCCGGCACGGGACCACGCGGAGCAUGCGCAUUACUCCGGCUCUCGAUGCUGUUUCUUCAUCCUUGCUGCACCAACAGUCAGAUCGCUUGACAACCUUGGCCAGUUUUUGAACAGUUUUCGAGUGACUUCGCUUGACAACCUUGGCCAGUUUUUGAGCAUUGAGCACUUUCCAUUUCCGAGCAACCAUGUCUGAAUCUCUGUCAGUGAACGACGCCAAGAAAAUGCGCUCUGUAGAGCUGCGACAAGAACUGGCGGCCCGCAAUUUAGACACGACGGGGACCAAACCCAGGCUGUUGACUCGCCUGCUCGAGUCAUUGGAGUUCACUGCAGUGCGCGAGGACUUGGCCACUCAGGCAGCCGAGCAGAACCUACCCCAGGCAACUGCUGCUCCGUCCCUGAGGGACAUUAUCCGGGAGGAGGUCCGUGCUGCCCUUGGAAAUCAGGCCGCAGCUCCAGUCCCGCCGGCAGCUCACGCAGCGGCACCCCCACCGCCAGCUCACACAGCGGCACUCCCACGGCAAGCACCAGCAACUCCGCAGGACGCUCUGCCUGCUCCGCAUUUGGCGGCUGCCGUCUCACCGCCAAUGAACCCCGCAGGUAAGAGAACGUUUUAUGCAACCGUGCCGAAAGCCAUUCACGAUAAAGUAGUAACUGGCCAAUUUGUUGAAUUGGGCUCAUUGUUGCCUAACCCGUCCCAAGGGGACACCAGCCGCAGCAUUCUCCAGAUCGACCACGACAGCUCGCAAGGCGCAGUGGUCCUAGCACCGGCCAACAGGCCCUCCAGGAAGGUCGAGGACAUCGAUACCUGGCUCGACGCCUGGACAACAUACUGCGCGAUUUACGCCACAGCACACCCCUCCAGGGCCCCAGAGCUGUUUGCGUACCAGCAGAUUAUCCUGAAAGUAGCCCGGAAAUUUCGAUUUGAGGCCGUGCAGGAGUAUGACCGAUCAUUCCGCUCACUCCUGGCCGCGGACCCAACCAUGCGGUGGGACGCAAUAGUCCAGGACCUAUACACAAUUAUAUUUGACGCGCGGGCAUUUCGUCCCUUUCGGCCCACCGUCAGCAAUGACGCUCGUUCCUUUCGGCCCAACAGCAGCAACGACGCUCGUUCCUUUCGGCCCAGCAGCGGCAACGACACGGUCGACAAAGAAGUAUGCCGCCUCUUCAACCAAGGAAAGUGCGCCCGCUCCAACUGCCGCUUCGCCCACAGCUGCCUCUCUUGCGGCCGCCUCGGUCAUGGCCAAUCCACAUGCUCUGCUGGCCAACCCCGCAGCUCCAAUUAGCUCACACGCGCCUUGGUCCCCUGUAAAUAUUCCCCUGCUGUUUGAAGAGCUAUCCCAGCACCCCGAUAACGAUUUUGUGCAUUCUCUCUGUCACGACAUGCGCUUCGGGGCCCGCAUUGGCUAUCACGGUAAUAGAUCCCGCCUCAUCGCCCCUAAUCUCCCUUCCGCAUUGCUCAACCCUGCCGCCGUCUCUGCUUACCUUCAGUCUGAAUGCACGCGUGGCCACAUGGCCGGGCCUUAUUCCCAACCCCCAUUCCCUAAUAUCCGAUGUUCUGGCGUUGGCAUCGUGCCCAAGAAGUCUGGCGGCGUACGCCUCAUCAUGCAUUUAUCUGCCCCUAGCGGCUCUAGCAUUAACGAUGGCAUUUACCCUGACGAAUUCUCCCUGCAUUACGUUACGGUAGAUGACGCAAUACGCUGCAUCUUCCAGCACGGCCCCGGAGCUCUCCUCUCUAAGGUUGACAUGAAGCACGCCUUCCGGCUCUGCCCUGUUUCCCCUGACGACUGGCCCCUACUUGGCAUUUUUUGGGAAGGUUCGUACUAUGUCGAUAAGGUACUACCAUUUGGCCUCAGAUCCUCCCCGUUUCUGUUCAACAGACUUGCCGACGCUGUGGCAUGGAUUGCAGUUAAUAAUUACGAUAUUGUUGAUUUGCUGCAUUACCUAGAUGAUUUCUUUCACGUCCAGCCGCCCAACUCCGCAGCUAUGCUCAAAUUCAAGACACUGCUGGCUGUAUUUGACAUGCUGAACAUCCCAUUGGCCGACGGAGAGGACAAAGUGUGCCCGCCGUCAACUUCAAUAACGUUCCUGGGUAUCGAGCUCGACACAGCCGCCUGGGAGCUGCGCCUCCCGGCUGCGAAACUGGCGGAACUACGGCUAGCACUUGCCGCGUGGCUGUCGAAGCAGAUGUGCACCAAGAGGGAACUGCUGUCCCUGGCCGGUAGCCUGUCUUUCGCAGCCAAAGUCAUUCCAGCGGGUCGCACGUUCUGCAGACGCCUGUUCGACAGCGCA